CGGCGGGAGGGGGUGGGGGGGGGAAGCGGGGGGAGUCCCGGCCUCUAGAGCGGAGCCCCGGCCCCACCUCGCGCCCGUCAGGCUCCGCCCCCGGGGCUUCCCGGGCGCGCGCCGCCCCGUCGGGUUCGCGCGCCACGCCCCCCUGCUCGCGGGCCGCGUGCGAAGCCGCGUUCCCCGGAGUCUCCGGGACCGUGGCGGCUGCUGGCGGCGGCGGCGGCAGCGAAGGAGCUGCCCUCGUGAGUCAUGUCUUCUCCGGCCGUGGCGCGGAGUUCCCAGGGAGGCAGCCGGGAGAUGGCCCCCGGGCCGCCGAGCCAGAGUCGCUUUUGGGAAGUGGGCGGCGGCAGCGACCAGUUGGAGCGCGCGGCCGCGGAGUCGGAGCGCUGGGAGCUGCUGCUCCGCCGCGGGGAGCUGCUGGCGCUGGGCGGCCACCUGAAGGGCGCGCUGGAGGCGUACGCGGCGGCGCUGCAGCGCGGGGCCCCGGUCAGGCCCGAGUGUCUGGGGACCCUGGUGGACUGCCUGGUGCUCAACUACCGGCUCCGCCACGGGCUGAGUUGGAGCGCGGCGGCCCCCGCGGUGGGCGCGGAUGCGAGCGCUGGCGGGCUCCUCAGCUGCUUGGGCUGCCGGGGUUUUCUGAGUGAGCCGGUGACCGUGCCCUGCGGCCACAGCUACUGCCGCCGCUGCCUGCGGAGAGAGCUGCGCGUCCGCUGUCGCCUCUGUCGGGACCGGCUGCCUCCCGCCGCCGCCGCCGCUGCCACCGAUGCUGCAGGAGCUGCCCCGAGGCCGCCGCCUCCGCCUCUGGCCGCAGCCACCGCCGCUUCGGCUUUCCGAACCAGCGUCGUCCUCAAUCACCUGGCCGAGAAGUGGUUCCCGGGCCAGCAGGAGCGAGCCCAGGCGGCCGGCCGACUCGGGGAGCUGCUGCAUCAGGGGCGCUACCGGGAGGCCCUGGCCGCCGCUUGCGAGGCGCUGCGAGCAGAGCCCAAUGACUUGACUCUAAAAAUUUACAGAGCUGAAUCCUAUGCUGGUCUCCAAGAGUUUAAAGCAGCUAUAGAAGAUUUAAAUGCAGUUCUCUUUCAAUUGCCAAAUUGGCCUGAGGUCUACUUCAGGAAAGGAAAAAUACUCCAUGAUGCUGGCUUUUUAGGUGAUGCCUUACAACUAUUUCUUCAGUGCUUAGCUCUUGAUGAAGAUUUUGCACCUGCAAAGCUAGAAGUGGAAAAGAUUUUGUGUGGUUUAUUAUCACCUGAAAACUUAAAAGAAAACCUGAAGGACUCUUCUUGGAGUUCAUUAUCAUGUAUUAAGAACAAAACUUUUGGUUUUCCUUUAGUAAUGGAAGAAUCUCACUCUCUCAGUGAGCUUAACCCAGAGCAGAAGGAAAAAAUACUGGAAGUCACUUCAGAAUCUAUUAAAGGAGGCCUAAACCGUACUCUUUCAGCACAGACUAUAAAUUCAACAGAAAUACCUGCCAGAGAGGAUUGUUUAAAAAGAGUGUCCUCAGAACCUUUGCUCUCUGUUCAAGAAAAAGGUGCUCUGCUGAAGAGAAAGUUGUGUCUUGUAGAACAAGAUGUGAUUGUGAAUGAAGAUGGAAGAAAUAAGCUUAAAAAGCAAGGAGAAACUCCCAAUGAAGUCUGUACAUUUUCUUUAACUUGUGGUAAUGUCCCAGAUGAACUAAUAGAUGUCUCAGAUUUUGAAUGUUCUCUCUGCAUGAGGUUGUUUUUUGAGCCAGUAACAACCCCUUGUGGACAUUCAUUCUGUAAGAAUUGUCUUGAGCGUUGUCUAGAUCACACACCAUACUGUCCCCUUUGCAAAGAAAGCUUAAAAGAGUAUCUAGCAGAUAGGAGGUACUGUGUCACACAGCUGUUGGAAGAAUUAAUAGUGAAGUAUCUGCCUGAUGAGCUGUCUGAGAGAAAAAAAAUAUAUGAUGAAGAAACUGCUGAACUCUCACACUUAACCAAGAAUGUUCCAAUAUUUGUUUGCACUAUGGCCUACCCUACUGUGCCUUGCCCUCUUCAUGUAUUUGAGCCAAGAUACAGAUUGAUGAUUCGAAGAAGUAUUCAGACUGGAACUAAACAGUUUGGCAUGUGUGUCAGUGAUACACAAAAUAGUUUUGCAGAUUAUGGUUGUAUGUUACAAAUUAGAAAUGUACACUUCUUACCUGAUGGAAGGUCUGUGGUUGAUACAGUUGGAGGAAAGCGAUUUAAGGUUUUAAAAAGAGGAAUGAAAGAUGGAUAUUGUACUGCAGACAUUGAAUAUCUGGAAGAUAUUAAGGUUGAGAAUGAAGAUGAAAUAACAAAUCUCAGACAGCUUCAUGAUUUGGUAUACUCUCAAGCCUGCAGCUGGUUUCAGAAUUUACGAGACAGAUUUCGAAGCCAAAUUCUUCAGCACUUUGGAUCAAUGCCUGAGAGGGAGGAAAACCUUCAGGCAACCCCUAAUGGACCUGCAUGGUGUUGGUGGCUUCUGGCAGUUCUUCCUGUAGAUCCUCGGUAUCAACUGUCAGUUUUAUCAAUGAAGUCUUUGAAAGAAAGGUUGACAAAGAUACAGCAUAUACUCACCUAUUUUUCUAGAGACCAAUCUAAAUAACUGUUUGGCUCUUCCUUCAAAUUAUCCUAAUCUGGCUGUGUUAAUAGCCAGAUUGUUCGCUGCCUUUGCACAUACAGUGCUGGUCUAAGAUAAUGUAUUUUUUUUUUCCUUUAACCUCCUGAAUCUUGUGGUUCUGCAAAGGAAUACCUUCAGCUAGCAUUUAGACCACUAAGAACUUGCACAGAAAAAUACACACUGAAUGUGUAUUAAACCUCUACAUUGUGAUAAAGUUGCACUAUGUAACAUAUUCUAAAAUGAAAUGAGAAUUCUGUGUAUGUAUGAUGUGUGUGUGUGUGUGUGUGUGUGUGUGUGUGUGUUUGUAGUAUGAGUGCAUUUUCUCUGGCUUUAACAUUUUAAAAGAAAAAAGAAAAAGCCAUAGAGAGCAGAACUUGCCGAGGGUCAUUUAUUGCCCAAGUUUACAGCAGUAGUGAUACAAGCUUUUUUGCAAAUUGAAUUUGCCUCAUAUUUAUCUGUUCUAAUGCUUAUAUUUGCACAAGUAUGUAGACUAUGGUAUUGAGUAUCAUUCUUUGUUGGAAAUACUGCUCUUGCUGAACUAUCUUGACCAUUGACUAUGACACAGUUUCUUAUUUAAUGUAAAUACUUGCAUCCCAAUGACCAACAGGCAUUGGCUGCAAAACCUAGAGCCAGUUUUCAGGAACAAUUGCAAAUCUGACAUGGUACUGUGCAUCUAUUCAUAAAACACUUAAAACUGUGAAAAUAUGGUUUACACUUAAUUGUACAUAAAUAUAAAUGGAAAACUUAAGUCAGUACCAGUUAGUUUAUAUAUUUUAGGGGGCUUUUCACAUUUAACUGCCCAUCUUUGUCAUUUAUAGUUUAACAUGAUGUAUUUGUUUUAAAAAUUACAUAGUAUAAACCUGGUAAGGAUCUGUGGGAAGAAAAGCUUAAUGUAGACCUAAGUUUUCAAAGUAUGUUUUAUUUUAAAAUUCUGGUCUUGGUGCAAAUGUUAGUUAUGCCUUAUUCAUAUCACAAUUAGAUUGCCAUGCUGUGACAUGGUUUAUAUUCAUGCUGCCCUAGAUACUUUUGUAAUUUGUUGCAAACUUGUGACUGUCCCUAUUAACUUCCUUUUAUGUAAUUUGUACGUUUCUUAAAUUUUUUGCUUUUGCUUAUUUAAUUUUGAAUAAAAGCUAAAUUCAGAAUA